AUGCCAUAUUCCCAUCAUAGCCACUCUGGCCAAUUCUGUCCAGGCCAUGCGCGUGAUCGCCUUGAAGAAGUCGUCAACACCGCCUUAUCCAAGCGCAUGCAGGUCCUGGCCCUGACGGAGCAUAUGCCCCGCCACGAUGAAGAUCGCUACCCGGAAGAACUCGAGGCUGGCGUAACCCUCGCCUCACACUUCGAUAACGAACGAGCGUACUUCGCAGAGGCCACCCGGCUUCGAGAGAAAUACAAGGGGCGCAUCGAUCUUCUCGUCGGGUUCGAAGGGGAAUGGAUCCGACCAGAGUCAGCAGACCUCGUCAGGCAGAGCAUCUCGGCCUACCAGUACGACUUCUUCGUUGGCUCCGUCCAUCACGCUCAUACGAUUCCAAUCGACUAUGACCGGGCAAUGUACGAGCAGGCGAGAGAAGCAGCAGGAGGGACGGACGAGCGACUUUUUGAGGACUAUUUCGACAUGCAGUUGGCCAUGUUGCAGAGUCUCCAUCCCCCAGUCGUAGGCCACUUUGACCUGAUCCGGCUAAAGAGUGACAGUCCAGACGGUAGCUUUCAAGGCAUGGCGGGCGUGUGGAAACGUAUUUUGCGCAAUCUAGACUUCAUCGCCUCGUACGGCGGCAUCCUCGAGAUCAAUUCAGCGAGUUUGCGGAAGGGCAUGGCUGAACCAUACCCGAAAGCGGAGAUUUGCCAGGCUGCUCUGGACCGAGGUGUGCGAUUCUGUCUCUCGGAUGAUAGUCAUGGAUGCGACCAGGUCGCCCUCAACUAUACUCGCGUGCUAUCCUUCCUCGACACGGCGGGCGUCUCCCACUUAACCGUCCUCAAGCGAGGAGCGCAUGCCUCGCCGACGUUGGACAAGCGCUUUCCAGGUUUGUGCUUUGAUAGCGUAGAACUGAAGGAUGUUCGCGGCCACCCUUUCUGGGCGGCCUGUACGUCGAGCUCCUCAGACCAACAAUGA